AUGGACCUUUAUCAUAGUCCAAAAGAAGAUAUAUUAACUGAUUCACCAGUUUUCAUUGGUAAAGCAGAUGCCAUCGUUGCAGUAUUUUCAUUUGAUGACUACAAAUCAUUUGAAGAUACUGAAGGGUGGUUAUUUUUUGGAAUGAGCCAUUCAGAUCCUAAAGUCCAAUUUAUUAUUGCUUCAAAGGCUGAUAAAAAGGAAAAAGUAGUACAAAGGUCAGAAGGAAUUGAUUUGGCAAAAAGACUUGGAGUGAAUUAUUUUGAAGUUUCAGCUCGUUCUGGUAAAAAUAUUCAAGACUUCUUUGAAACAUUAGCUAAAAUACUUUUAAAACAGAAACUUGUUUCAACUCAAAAACUCUCCAAACAACCUUCUCUACCUCAACAAUUUAGUAAAUCGAAUGAUGAAUAUCAACGACUUGAUUCUGAGAUUAAUUCUGUUUUUGACCAUUAA